AUGGCAGAAGUCAGAUUUUCAGUGGAUCAGAAUGAGUUCCUGUGCCAAGUGUGUCUGGAUCUCCUGAAGGAUCCAGUGACCACUUCCUGUGGACACAGUUACUGUAAGAUCUGUAUUACAGGCUGCUGGGAUCAGGAGGAUCAGAAGAGAGUCUACAGCUGCCCUCAGUGCAGACAGACCUUCAGACCAAGACCUGCUUUAGCUAAAAACACCAUUCUGGCUGAAAUGGUGGAGAAACUGAAGAAGACUAAACUUCCUGCUGACUGUUACGCUGGAGCUGGAGAUGUGCAGUGUGACGUCUGUACUGGAAGAAAACACAAAGCCGUCAAGUCCUGUCUGGUGUGUCUGGAGUCUUACUGUCAGAAUCACCUUGAACAACAUGAGUGUUUGUUUAAAGGAAAGAGACACAAUCUGACUGAAGCCACUGGACGACUACAGGACAUGAUCUGCCAGAAACAUGAAAAGAUCCUUGAGGUUUUCUGCCACACUGACCAGAAGUGUAUAUGUGUGCUGUGUAUGGAUGAACAUAAAAACCACGACACUGUAUCAACUGCAGCACAGAGGGCAGAGAAACAGCACCAGUUGAAGAAGACACAGAGGUUGUUCCAGCAGAGGAUCCAGCAGAGAGAGAAAGAUCUUCAGCAGCUGAGAGAGGCUGUGGAGUCUCAUAAGCGCUCUGCACAGACAGCAGUGGAGGACAGUGAGAGGAUCUUCACUGAGCUCAUCCGCUCCAUUGAGAGAAGCCGCUCUGAGGCCACACAGCGGCUCAGAGAUCAGGAAAAGAUUGCAGUGAGUCGAGCUGAAGGACGACUGGAGCGACUGGAGCAGGAGAUCAAUGAUCUGAGGAGGAGAGACGCUGAGCUGGAGCAGCUUUCACACACACAGGAUCACAUCCAUUUCCUGCAGAGUUUCCAGUCUCUCUCAGCUCCUCCUGAAUCUACAGACGUAAAUAAUGAUGAUCCCUUCAGUUCUCUCUCUUCUUUUGAUGGUGUGAGAGAAUCUGUCCGUCAGCUGAGAGACAAACUGGAGGAUUUCUGCAAAGAGGAGCUCAAGAAGAUCUCUGACAGAGUCACUUUCACCAACAUUGUUCCCAGGACCAGGAAUGACUUCCUACAAUAUUCCCAUCAGUUCACUCUGGAUCUGAACACAGUGAAUAAACGCCUCCAGCUGUCUGAGAGGAACAGAGUGAUUACUUACACCAAAAGAAAGCAGUCGUAUCCUGAUCAUCCAGACAGAUUUGAUGUGUGUCAGGUGUUGUGUAGAGAAAGUGUGUGUGGACGCUGUUACUGGGAAAUUGAGUGGAGUGGUGAUGAUGUGUUUAUUGUGUUUAUAUCAGUGUCAUAUAAGAGCAUCAGCAGGAAGGGAUGGGGUAAUGAGUGUUGGUUUGGAUAUAAUGAUCAGUCCUGGAGUUUGAACUGCUCUUCCUCCAGUUAUUCAUUCAGACACAAUAAGAUAGUGACUAAACUCCCUGUAAAGCCCAUCAGCAGUAGAAUAGGAGUGUAUGUGGACCACAGUGCAGGAACUCUGUCCUUCUACAGCGUCUCUGGAGACACAAUGACCCUCAUCCACACAGUCCAGACCACAUUAACUCAACCACUCUAUCCUGGGUUUAGGGUUUCUAAAGGAUCAGUGAAACUGUGUUGCUGA